UAAACACACACAAAAGCAGCAUGGCCGUGUUUUUCUCAGAGGGAGGAUUAACCCUCCUCAUUAGGGCUCCCCCCGCCUCUCUCCAUCCUCUCCCCUCCCCCUCCCUUCCCCCGUUCGGCCUGCCUCGCUCUCAUUGGCCGCUUCCACCAGGACCACGGCUGACUGGAUCGCCGUGACUACAGGACACAGGAGAGCGGGGAGGGAGGUGGGAUGGGUUGAUGUUGCCACGGUAAUAGUGGAGGCGACCACUCACCAAAUCAUCAGGCUGAAAUGGAAAAAAAAGUGGAGCCGUGCGGAAAGCGGGUUAGAGGGUGAGGAGGAGGGGGGGACAAUAACAACAACAGCCAGGGAUUAGGCAUCGACCGAGCAAUCAGGAAGUCCAUUUAGGACAAAGCAGCGUUAAGAAUCCUCCACGAUUGGACAGCUGCUAAAGAAAAAUAAUAGAAGCGCACAAAGGAAGGAUGAAACAUGACAGGUGAACAUUUCUAAACAGUUCCUGUACGAGCUGUUGCUGUGAUAUUUCACUGCCAGCAAUGAGAGAGAGAGGAGGUAAACCGGCCGGUGUGAUGCCUGUGGCUCAGAAAUAGAAACACAAAGAGAGAGGGAGUGCGAUAUUGCUGGAUGUAAAGAGCAUGCGUCAGCACUAAGGCAGGGCGAACAGGAGCAGUCGGAGCGAGAGACAGAUUGAGGGUAGAGGUUAUGACAGUGGCGUUAGAUGGCACGACAAGAAUAGAGCCUGCCAGACUUCUCACCUCCUGUGCCACACCUUGGCUGCAUCAUCCCAACGCUCCAUCCAGCGGCUCUGACACAUGGGAUUCCCUCGUCCAGGAGGACAACAACGGCCAGGAAAUCAAUUUGGAACAACCACUUGAACACCUGCAUGCUCCCAGAAGAUUUAAGACACCCACGUGUGAAAAGGACAAUUGGUGCAAUCUUUUAGUAGUCGAUUUUUUCUCCUAUUUUUAUUACAGAAGAGGAAGAAUCCUGUCGAAGCAAGGCAAAAAUAGGGACUGUAUUUAUUCUGAGUUACUGUCUGAAGAAGCUGUUUCGAGACAGAAAGGCAACAGACUGCUCAGUUAUCACGGUGUGGAUAGGAUGAACUCAUUGUCCACCCAUUCUCAAGGAAAGCUGACUCCUAAAAGACAAUGAUGGUGGGAGUAUCGGAGCACACACCUCGAAGCAGGCUGACUGACCGACUGACCGACUGAGUGUGUGGGUGGCUCGCUGAGCGGAGCUGUGGCUUUUCGUGGACUUUGAGGACACGUACCCCCGGGGGGAGAUACCGGCCGGGUGUUGGAGCCCCGCCAUGGGGGAGACGGCAGAAUACCAGAGGCUGAAUGACACUUCAGAGCCUGACUUCCAACGCCUGCCCAGCGAUGACGAAGAGAAACUGGGCAGUAGCAUGCAGUGUGAAGAAGGCACAGAAUGGCUGCUGGAGCUGCUGAUGGAGGUGCAGCUGCAGCAGUACCUCCUGCGGAUCCGAGAUGACCUUAACGUUACGCGGCUGUCACACUUCGACUACGUCAAGAAUGAAGACCUGGAGAAAAUUGGCAUGGGUCGACCUGGACAGAGACGACUGUGGGAGGCUGUGAAAAGGAGAAAAGCCAUGUGCAAGCGCAAGUCCUGGAUGAGCAAGGUGUUUAGCGGGAAGCGUCCAGACGGAGGAGACUUCCCCCAGCAGGGCCAGCCGGCCUCCUCCUUCCGUAAGCUGUCUCCCACCCCCCCACUGGGCCUGGGGGAGGGAGUCCUGUCCACACAGCCUGGUGGUGGUGCUCCUAUGGACGGGCAGCAGCAGACUCUGACCUGCCUCAUCCCGGAGAAGGAUCUGACGCUGUUCGAGAAGCUGGGCGACGGCUCCUUUGGAGUAGUGAAGAGAGGAGAGUGGCUGACGCCUGCGGGGAAGGUGCUGAACGUAGCUGUGAAGUGUCUGAAGACAGACGUGCUCAACCAGCCCGACGCUCUGGAGGACUUCAUCUGCGAGGUCAACGCCAUGCACUCCCUGGACCACCAGAACCUCAUCCGCCUCUACGGUGUGGUGCUCACACACCCAAUGAAGAUGGUGACGGAGCUGGCUCCUCUGGGCUCUCUGCUGGAGCGUCUGCGGUGUGUCCGUCCACAGGGCCCGGUGUUGAUCCACACUCUGUGUCAGUAUGCCGUACAGGUGGCCUGUGGAAUGGCCUACCUGGAGCAGAGGAGGUUCAUCCAUAGGGACCUGGCAGCAAGGAACAUCCUGCUGGCCUCGGCUCACAGAGUGAAGAUCGGAGACUUCGGCCUGAUGAGGGCGCUGCCCAACAACGAUGAGCACUACGUCAUGCAGGAGCAUCGCAAGGUCCCCUUCGCAUGGUGCGCCCCAGAGAGUCUGAAGACCAGAACGUUCUCCCACGCUACAGACACCUGGAUGUUUGGAGUCACUCUCUGGGAGAUGUUCACACACGGCCAGGAGCCCUGGCUGGGCCUCAACGGAAGCCAGAUCCUGCACAAGAUUGAUAAAGAAGGUGAACGCCUCCCGAAGCCUGAAGACUGUCCGCAGGAAAUCUAUCACGUGGUGCUGCAGUGCUGGGCUCAGAAACCAGACGACAGACCCACCUUUGUGGCUCUGCGCGAGUUCCUGCUGGAGACCAUGCCAACAGACAUGUGUGCUCUGCAGGACUUUGACGAGCCUGACAAACUCCACAUCCAGAUAAAUGAUGUCAUCACCAUCAUAGAGGGGAGAGCAGAGAACUACUGGUGGCGAGGUCAAAACAAGCGCACCCUGAAGCUGGGCCCGUUCCCCAGAAACGUGGUGACGUCAGUCGCGGGUCUGUCAGCGCACGACAUCAGCCGGCCCCUCAAGAACAGCUUCAUCCACACGGGACACGGAGACAGCAACCCUCACCACUGCUGGGGCUUCCCCGACAGGAUAGACGAUUUGUACCUCGGUAAUCCCAUGGACCCUCCAGAUGUUCUCGGUGUGGACCCCAAUGCUCGGCCCUUAAAUCUGCCAGGACGAGCAAAAAAGCCUUGCUACGAUGCAGUAAACGAUGAAGAGGAUCUGACUUCAGCAGGACUAAAGAGAUUAUCGCUUCGGAAAACCGGUUCCAUCAAAGGCUUAAAACUGAAACCCGCUGCGUGGGUCUCCGCUUCCAAACAGGGGGGCGGCCGGACUUCAGGCUCAGGCCACACCCCCAACAGCGAGGUGUCGCUCAUUGACUUUGGGGAAGAGUUCCCCUCGCCCUCCCCCUCACCUGUGGUUGAAAUUCAGAUUCCUUCACUGGCGAAGCUACUUUUGGGAGCAGAGAACCUCCUGGACCGAACGCCGCCUCAGAGUCCGUCUAAGUCCUUGCCUCGCCCCCUUCACCCUACACCUGUAGUAGACUGGGAUGCCCGGCCCUUACCUCCACCCCCGGCAUAUGACGAUGUAGCCCAAGACGAAGACGAUAUGGAGGUGAGCUCCAUCAACAGCUCGGAGCAGCAGCAGGAGGAGGAGCAGAGCGGUGACCCAGAUGAGACUCAGAAGGUGGAUGGUGAGGGUCUUGUCUCCAGGAGUCCGGACAGAUCAGGCUUUGAGGACAACCUCUUCCUCCCCAGCAGGCAGAGCCAGGUCCUGUCCUCCUCAUUCUCGCAGUCAGCAGAGAUCUUCCAAGAGCUCCAGCAGGAGUGCAUGAGGAGGCUGAACGUCCCGACAGGAAGUACUACGCACUCAAACUUGCCGUCGUGGACCCAGGAGGGACACCAGCAGAGUAUCCCUUCUUCCAACGAGGACAGACCCCAGAUCCCCCCACGUGUCCCCAUUCCCCCUCGCCCCAUUAAGAGGGGCGACUACACCUCUCCUCGCUGGUCACGUGAUCUCUCCCUGUCACCGACGCCGGCUGACACCACUGAGGAGGUUUUAGGCUCGACCCAGGAGCGCCCUCCUCAGAUUCCUCCCAGGGACCCUUUGUCCCAGCCGGGCUCAAGGACCCCCAGCCCCAUGGGCCUGGUGGUGGGCUCCCCUCAGCAGAGAAUCUACUCUGCGAGCCCCACCACCAUGCCAGCUCCCAUAUCCUCCUCCUCUGCACACACAUACGGCUGCUACCUCUCCUCCUCUCCAGGUAAACUCAUGCCCACCACUCACAGCUUUGCCUCGGAUCCUAAAUAUGCUGCACCCAAAGUGAUCCAGGCGCAGGGGAAGGACGCCAGCAAGGGCCCCUGUAUCCUCCCGAUAGUGCGUGACGGACGUAAAGUCAGCAAUACACACUAUUACCUUCUACCAGAGAGGCCCCCGUACCUCGACCGCUACGACCGCUUCUUCAGGGAGGCGGAGAGCUUGCCUGCCAGCGGCGUGGAGGAGAGACAUGUACGACAGGCUAACACGGCCACUGUGAGACCAAUGGUGGUCAGCAGCCAGACUCUGCAGGGACACACCCAGGGACAGGGGCUCGUCCUGCCAAGCGAGCUGAAGACUAAUUUCUCCUCCAACAACAACAGCAGUCUGGGGGGCCCCCGGUCAGGGAUGAAGACAUCAGUCAGUCUCCCUCGCGUGUGUACAGAGGGGCUGACAGCAGCGGUGGUCCCCACGGCUUCCUGUAUCAGGACAGACGGAGGAGGGAACUCAGCCGACAGGGUCAAAAUGGUGCAGGAUGCAGUUCACGGUGUCACGAUAGAGGAGUGCCAAGCCGCCCUCCAGAACCACAACUGGAAUGUCCAAAAAGCUGUGCAUUAUCUCAAGGUGGAGCAGUUGUUCUGUUUGGGUCUGAGGAACAGGUCAGAGUGUCGUGAGCUGCUGGAGAUGUGCGAUUGGAACCUGGAGGUGGCCAGCACUCACAUGUUAGAUAACUAUGGAUCCACAACAAGACUAAGACGGUGACAGGAAUCUCAAGCUGCUGAGCUCAGAUUGGAACUUCAUCCUUAGAAAAACAUCAUCAGUGGAGGUGAAUCUGCUCCUGAAGCCUUCCCAUUAACGCUUCUGACCACCUCCAAUCAGCAGACUGUUAUUUGAUCACGCACAUUUUUACUGAACUAGCAGAGAAAAGUCUUUAUGAAGGCUCCGUUCAUACCUAAUAUGGACAAAGGAAUUUAUCCUGGGGGUAAAAAAAGAAGACUUUGACUUUCAAAGACAAAAAAAGACACUUGUGAGUUGGAUUUCAUUUGAUCAGCCUGAAAUGUGCCAUCAUGACAGAGUCACAGAUGCUGGGUGCUACUGUGUCAGAUCCUCUCCCUGCUGACCGACUUUUUUUAGUUAAUAGCCAGUUUUAAGCGAUUCUGAAAAGGCCAAAACGAGUUAAAGAGCACAAUAUACACAGCGGCACUUCUAAGAAAAGGUCCUUACUUUGUCAUAAGGUCAUUUUAUUGUCAAAAUAUGCCAAGAGCUGGUUUCUCAUUUAGGGAACAGUGUCAGAAUAUAACCCAAAUACCUUAUAUCCAGAUAUUGCCACUGCCAAGUAAUGGACGAAAAAUACAAAGUUAAUACUUAAAGGGCUGUACAGGUAUUAUACUACAGGACAUAUUAUCGAUAGUUUACAGUAAUAAAAACUGCUGUGGAUAUGAAAAUUCGACUGAAAGACAAAAUGCUGCUGCAAAAGAAACAUUCAGACUUUGUUAAAGUAAAAAAUAAAGAUCAUAUCCUCAGUACUUUUUUAAGAAUACAUGAAGUAUUGACAUCUCUAAGAGACAAAAGUAAAACCAUCCCAGUUACAACGUAGAUCAUAAGAAUACAUCUAAAUAGAAAAGAAGGAAAGUGGUUACAUUCACAUAUUUAAAGACCCACAAAACUGUCUAAUAUAUAUAAGGGUACAAACCUAAUGUGUUAAUUUACAAAAUAUUGAUAUUUUAUUUUAAUAUAUUUCGAACACAAUGCUCAGAGACAAGAGAGGACCCAUAACUGGGAAGGUCAUUUUCUGAAUUAUUUAAAUCUCUCCUUGAGCUAAACACUGAUCCAUGACUUGCCACAUGUGGCUGUAAAUAAAUAAAAAGAGCAGGCAGUGGGAACUACACCUCAGACAGUCUCUCCUCCCCUCUAAGCACGAACAUAACUCCUGCACAUCAGCUGACAGCUCCAUCCAGCUGGGUCUCUGCACACUGCGUUGGCAGCUAAUAACAGCCACGCAAGUGAAAUCUACCCCCAGGCACAGAUCCUGUCUCAUAAUCAUCACUUCAAAACCACAACUGUGAUAUUUCGGUCUGCGGCUUUGGGGGGGGUAAUCAUUUUAAAACUGUGAGGACGUGUCAGCUCGCUGCUGGACGUGACCAUACAUUUUCUCACUGGGUAUUGUCACAGUACUGCCCCUCGGCGAUGAACAUAAAAAAACUGUCAGGCAUGACAUUUCACUCCAGAUUCAGUCUGUUGGACUCUAAGAAGGAAGGGAAAUAAAAAGGCACUCCACAUGCUGUGACUUCUAUGCACACCUAUUCAAAAAGAUGCUUUGCUACAAACAGCCCCUUCAACCCCAGUAUAACAGGUUUGAGCCCGAUGUGAUUGGGCAGAUACUCCAAUAAAGAAACCACAACAGGCCUGCUACCUGUGUGGAAUACUAGGAAAAUAAUGUGUAUAUUUCUAAAGAAUGCACAGGACUGAUUUUGGAUGACAACCUCCUGUUUUCUCCCGUGUGCAAUAAGGCUGCUGUAGAACCUCUCAUUCUGUCCAUCCAUCAAUACUUUCAUCUCUGUCUCCAUGUAUUUUAAGAUAAGAUAGAACUUUAUUGAUCCCAUUGUCCAGGGAAUUACAGAAGAGGAUCAGCGCCAGAUGGAGUCUUUUAUAGAUCUGACUCAAAGUAAAAGAGAAAUCCGAAGAUAGUCGGAUUCUGACUUUUUUCUCUGAAUUCUGAUUUCAUUCAGAUCUCAAAAAUGUUUACACUGGUUGCCCUAACCCUAGUGAAUGAAUGCACAGAAAACACCUUUUCUAGUAGUAAAUGUUUCAGUUUUCCUCCAUAUAUUAGGAAGUUUGUCUGAUCAAGAUGCAAUUUGUGCCAAUCCCCCCCCUCUGAUGUGGUGAAGCUGCUUGUUAACCAGUGCGUGAGGACAGCUUGAUGAGGCCUCCACAGUCCCUCCAUGUUGUUUGUUUUGUACCCAGCUGCUGUAGUUGUUCUGAAGGACUGAAGAGAACCUUGUGGUGUUAUGAUCGACCCAAAGCAACAUUUCCUGUUGUGGUGUUGACACUCUGACGUUAGAAAAAGUCAUUCUUAUUGUCGCUGUUUUUCCUUCAAUCCAACCUGCCAUUUCUUCCUCAUUUGUAUGUAUGUGCUUCCCUGAAUAUGUUUUAUUUUAAAAUGCCUACUGUACAGUUGGUUUUCAUUGUUCCUGUCUUCCUGGGUUGAUGGAAAUGUUUAAGAGAAGUUCAUGCUGCCGAAGUUAUAAAUGUAUUUUUUAUUAAAGAUAUGAAUUAUUUUUUA